AUGGAUGAACGGCGGUCCAACAUUCCGAGGCCCAGCGCCAUCCCACGGCCUGCCUCUUCAAAACUUCCUCUUCCGAAACCCUCGACUGCCAGAUCUAUUGCCUCCAAAGAGAACCUGGUCGACCCGAGCGAACUGCAGCUCCCCAAGCUCCGAACCCAACCCUCCCGCGACCGCCUCGGCGGCCAGACCACGACUGCCAUUCGCAAGAAGGUCUCGGUCGAUUCGUUCAGGACCCGGCCACAGCCAGCGACCCGCCCAAUACUCGCAACAAGCACCUCCAAUCGAACAAGUGAUGUCGGCGUCUCCACGCGACAGUCGUACGGGGCCCCAUCUGUGAGGAGGCAGUCCUCGCGACCUGUGCUUUAUGAGGACGAGGAAGUAUACGAGGACAGACAAUCAGUCUCGCAGCCGGGAGGGAGUGUUGCUGCUGAGGCGACCAGACCGAAAGCCUACAAACCCCGUCCUUCUCUAUCAGAAAGAACAAUCGAGACUUUGUCCCAGCUGCCGUCCUCUCCGGCGUUGUCGAAGAGGCCUUCGGCAUUCUUCGACCAAGAUGGCGAAAUGCGACCUCCCUCGCGGCCGGGCAGCCGUGACUCUCGACCCGGCUCCAGUCACCGUUCAGACAGUUCUGUUCGGUCAUGGUCAAGGACACAGAGCAGACCCGGGUCCAGCUCAGGCCAGGAGGAAGGCGGUUUUGGAUUUAGGGCCUCCACCAAUUCCUACAGGCGGCCCCCUUCCCCUGUGGAUGAGUCGCCCAUGCGGAAGUCCGUCUCCCACUCUUCCCGCUUUAACACACCGUCAUCUCGACCGGCUGCGCGGAGCACAAGCCGGCCGUCAUCGUCCAGAUACCAGACGCCAUCCAUACCUCAGUCGAGAUCUCCUAGCCCUGAAAAGCGCGUUACACCCUUACAGUACGGCUCGAAGACGGUGGGGCCCCGAUCUGUCAGGUCAAGGCCUUCUUUGAAUGGUCUGUUUAGGAAGCCUUCCAUGCCAUCAUUGGCCAAAACGUCUGCCACCGCCAUCUCGAAAACCCAACCGAGAGACGACUCCCCUUCAAGGCCUGCAAGAACCUCACAGCUCACGCCAGCUCAUGCCCGCCCGGCAGCCCGAAAGGGCUCGUUGACCUCUCACCGUUCGUCCGUCUCCGCGGAGGAUGCCUCCGGUGCCUCAACAGUGUCGACAGCUUUGACCGCAGAGUCCACUUCGCCUGUAUCCUCUAGCCGGAAGUCUUCUGCUGCCCUGCGAGAACAGAUCGCGAAGGCCAGAGCAGCCAAGCGCGCCGUAACGCAACAAGUCUCCUCGCCUGUCGCGCCCGAAGCAGACGCGAGCGAGAUCUCGGUCGUGCCUACAGACAACACUUUUGAUUUCGGCUUGUCCCAGGAUCCUUUUGGUCAAAAGAAGGAUGACAAGUCGCAGUCCAAAGCCAUCCUGGCCAGAGUCUCCGCUGCUCGCACAACCGGUCGCCUUAACAUUGCGGCUAUGGGCUUAAGGGAAAUUCCACCCCAAGUGCUCAACAUGUAUGAUCUCGAGUCCAUGGGCAAAUCAGAUGGCUCCUGGGCCGAGAGCGUCGAUCUCACCAGAUUUGUCGCUGCGGACAACGAGAUUGAGAUGAUCGAGGAGUCCAUCUUUCCCGACAAAGAGCCUGAUGAGUUCGACGACACCGAGGACAAAAAGGGCAACAUCUUUGCCGGACUGGAGACUUUGGACCUGCAUGGGAACAUGUUGAUCUGCCUGCCUAUGGGCUUGAGACGUCUUCAUCAAUUGACAUCCCUGAACCUGUCUCAAAAUAGGAUAACCAAUAACGCUCUCGAAGUGAUUUCUCAAAUCACAUCUCUGAGAGAUCUCAAGCUGGGGGGCAACCUCUUCUAUGGCCCGUUGGAUCCUUGCUUCGCCAACCUCGAGAAUCUGGAGAUCGCCGACCUCCACGGUAACAAUAUCUCCGCUCUGCCGCUCAACAUCGAGAACAUGGCCAAGCUUCGCAUUCUCAACAUCAGCGAAAACAACUUCGAGUCGAUGGUAUUUGAGCCGUUGUCCAAAUUGCCUCUUACGGAGCUUUUGCUGCGCAAGAACAGACUGAGUGGCGUCCUGAUUGAAGAUGCGGUUGAUGGCUUCACCAAGCUCACCAGCUUGGAUGCCUCGUCUAACCAAAUCACCCAUGUCACAUCUUCUGGGCGGGAAACGCCCUUGCAGAUGCCAGCCUUGCAGCAGGUCCUGCUGUCAAUGAAUCGACUCCAAGAACUGCCGGAUAUCUCGUCUUGGGCUAGCUUGGUCACCUUGACUGCGGAUGAGAACCAGAUCAACGAGGUGCCCGAAGGCUUCACUGGCCUAGACAAACUGCGCCAUGCCGACCUGUCCAGCAACGACAUCAGAGUUAUCCCUCCAGAGGUUGGUUGUAUGGACAACCUAGGCAUGCUGAGACUCAGUGGCAAUCCUCUCCGGGACAAGAAGUUUAGCACUGCGACGACGGAUGAGAUCAAGGCAACACUUGCCGCCCGUUUGGAGCCGGCAAUUCCAGAAGAGCUAACCACUGUGGAAGACUCUCCUGCGCCUGUCAUGAAUGCGGUGGAAGCCCAGAAAGACCUACACAUGAAGCCAGCACAGACGGGCCACCCCGAGGAUGAAGACUACGCUUCAGAUAUGGACCAUUUCGCCACGCCACCAACUUCGGCUCCACAAUCGCCCGUUCGUUCUCGUUCGCACACGGUCUCCAACCAGACUUGGCCGGUUAAACAAGGGGGCGUUCUGGACCGGACAGGCACGCAGUCAUCAGCAUUACACCCCGUGAUUUCGUCGAGAGUCGCUUCUGAGCAUACCGUUCGCGAAGUACUGCUUCAGCGCAACCUAUUCAAUGCCAUCCCGGACUCCCUCUCUUUCUUUGCUGAUACUCUGACCAUUCUUUCCCUCGCGAACAACCAGCUGCUCGGCGAGUCUUACAUUGGUGGGGCAAGUGGCACAGAAGAGUUGGAACUGCCGGCUCUCAAAGAGCUCAUCCUAGCCACUAAUCAUAUCACCGGCCUGGUGCCUUUGACUAAUCAUCUUCGGGCCCCCAAACUGCAGAAGCUGGAUGUCAGCUUCAACCGUGUUUCAGCUCUUCCACCAGGUGGUGCUUUGAAGGCGGCUUUCCCCGAGCUUGUCAUCCUGCUUCUGUCCAACAACCACCUGGCCGAUUUGGACCCCGACAGUAUUAAGGGCAUGCGCAUUGUCGACGUCAUGAACAACGACAUAACGCACCUCAACCCCAGACUCGGCCUGUUGGGGGGUUCGGGUGGCCUGGAGCGCCUCGAGGUCACGGGGAAUAGGUUCCGCGUGCCGAGAUGGAAUGUCCUCGAGAGGGGAACGGAGGCCACACUGCGGUGGCUCAGAGGCAGAGUGCCUGUUGCGGAAAUGGCCGCCUGGAAAGGGAGGAGCUCUGGCUCCGAAGGCGAGGGCAGUGGCGGGGAUGGAGACUCGCCCUGA